GAAACAACCUGAAGGAGUUUGGGCUGCAGCUGCCAUUUCUGAAAGAGCUGUACCUCACAAGGAACCAGCUGAAGACCCUGCCGGGAGCCGCACCCAUUCCAAACUUGGUGUCCUUGUCUGUCAGAAGAAACAAGCUGAACAGUUUCUCCAAGGAGGAGUUUGAGUCCUUCAGGAGAAUGGAGCUGCUGGAUGCCAGUGACAACAACUUCAUCUGCUCCUGUGAGUUCCUGUCCUUCGUCCACCACGAGGCCGGGCUAGCCCAGGUGCUGGUGGGGUGGCCGGACAAGUACGUGUGUGACUCUCCGCUGGCGGUGAGAGGGGCGCAGGUUGGCUCUGUGCACCUCUCCCUGAUGGAGUGCCACGGGUCCCUGGUGGUGUCACUGAUCUGCGUCCUGGUGUUCCUGCUCAUCCUGCUGCUGGUGGCCGUCGGCUACAAGUACCACAUGGUGUGGUACCUGCGGAUGACGUGGGCGUGGCUGCAAGCCAAGCGGAAGCCCAAGCGCGCCCCGCCGAAGGACGUCUGCUACGACGCUUUUGUCUCCUACAGCGAGAACGACUCCGACUGGGUGGAGAACACCAUGGUGCGGGAGCUGGAGCAGGCCUGCCCUCCCUUCCGGCUCUGCCUGCACAAGCGGGACUUUGUGCCGGGGAAGUGGAUUGUGGACAACAUCAUCGACUCCAUUGAGAAGAGCCGCAAAACGCUCUUUGUGCUGUCCGAGCACUUUGUGCAGAGCGAGUGGUGCAAAUACGAGCUGGACUUCUCGCAUUUCCGCCUCUUUGAUGAGAACAACGAUGCAGCCAUUCUCAUCCUCCUGGAGCCCAUCCAGAGCAAAGCGAUUCCCAAGAGGUUCUGCAAGCUGCGGAAGAUCAUGAACACAAAGACCUACCUGGAG